CACCAAAAAAAAAAGAAGGAAGACAAUGUCCAGAUCAAAGAGUUAAAUACAGACACAGGCAAUAUAACCGUGUGUAAAUGAAAGAUCAAGGAUUCGUGUCCAAGGACUCUGAAGCAGAAAUUCCUGAACUCCAAAUACAACCUGCAACAAAGAGGAAAAAACAGGAAAGAGAAGUGUCCAGCUUACCUGGAGUCAGAAUAGGAACGAAGAAGAGAAGUAGUUCUGAAGACGGAGACGUCCUAGCUCCCGAAUCAAAAGUAAAGAAAAGGGCUCACAAAGACCACAUUAAAGAAGAAGCUACUGAAGUUUCCAAAGUAAACAGAGAUUUAGAAUUCUCUGCAGAAGAAGAAAAGGAUCCUGGCAAUAUGAAUGACAGCUCACUACUGAAAACAAGAAGGAAGCAUGUCAUGACCCUCAUCCUCCUGGGGGUAUCUGGCACAUAUAAGGGGAUUGUGGUGGGCUGUACAAUGAUGACAUCCCAACGAAUUACACUCUCCACUCUUCUACCCUGCUCUGGAAUUGCUAGGCAUCUCAGCAUUGAUAAUGAGGGAGGGAUGCAGAGCUCUUCGGUCUUCUCUGAGGCAUCAAGAGAAGCCCAUUAAAGGAGGAAAAGCCACACACUCUCAUUGUUGAUAGUUAUGCCAUGAAUCUGGCUGCUAUUGUACCAAGAGCUGCUUCCAUGUUUCACUU